CUGAUGCAGCAAAGAGAGACUUCGACGUCCAACGUUCUAUCAGCUUCUGGCAUCACUCCUGAAAUAAAGCCUUCGGGUUCUGACAUACCUUCAAUUCAUUCUCGCAGGAAAAGCUCACUGGCGCUCGAAACAGCAGAGAAAGGCUUUCAGGAAACCAAAAAGUUUGAAUAUAAAGCAGAAAAAAUGGCAUUAAACAAUAAACAAAAUAGAAAAUGGCUCCCAGUAGUGGGCUUUAUUUUACUCCUUAUAUUUGUGACAUGGCUCUUUAUUCCUGAACAUAAACCUAACUAUGGCUCGGAUCAAUCAAUUUCCGAGACUGACAUUUCAAAGAUCACGUCCCCUCAUUGUACUGUUGCACAUCCAGGACGUCAAUUAAUCCAGUAUGCGCUGAUGCUUGACGCCGGGUCUACUGGAUCUCGUAUUCAUGUGUAUAAAUUUAAUUAUUGUAAAGCGUCUCCUGAAUUAGAGGAUGAAGUAUUUCAUCAUAUUCAACCAGGUCUCUCCGCUUACCCCGACGACGCUGACGCAGCUGCAAGAAGUCUAGAUGUGUUGUUAAAGGUAGCUUUGGAUAAUGUUCCUAAGGAAUUACAGCAUUGUACACCAAUUGCUGUUAAGGCAACGGCAGGAUUACGUUUGUUGGGUCAAGAAAAGAGUGCACUUAUUUUGAAGGCUGUUCAUUACCAUUUAGAAACAAAUUACCCUUUUCCCAUUAUUGAAGAGGACGGUGUUGUAAUCAUGGAUGGUAAAGAUGAAGGCGUAUAUGCAUGGAUUACUGUCAACUAUUUAUUGGAAAAAAUUGGAUCACUAGAAAAAUUGCAAACUGCUGCGAUAUUUGAUCUUGGUGGCGGGUCAACGCAAAUAGUGUUUGAACCGGAAAUGACAGAUGGUGAGGAAGUUGCAGAGGGUGAACACAAAUACGAAUUAGAAUAUGGGGGUCACAAAUAUGUUCUUUAUCAACACUCAUAUUUGCAUUAUGGGCUAAUGGAGGCAAGGAAAGCAAUUAAGAAUUUUGCG